CCCCCUCCCCCUGCUCCCCUCCCCUCCCCCCUUCGCCGGCUUUACGCCGUUUGCGUAGCGUGCCCCCAAGAUGGCGUCGCGAUCAUCGUCGUCGUCGGCGGUGGCCGGAGCGCGGGCGGCGGCGGCGGGGCUGGUGGCGCUGAGGGGGGCGAUGCGGCGGGCCCAAGGCGGCAGCAGCCGGCGCGUGUAGCGGCUGCCACAGCCUCUCCGCCUGCGUCCCCGCGCCCCUCGGCCGCCGCCCCGCGCUGGACCCGCGCCCGGCCCGGGCCGCCCCCGCCCCGUCGCCGCCGCCGCCCCCCGAGCGGAGGAUGAUGAAGCUCAAGUCCAACCAGACUCGCACCUACGACGGGGACGGCUACAAGAAGCGCGCGGCCUGCCUCUGCUUCCGCAGCGAGAGCGAGGAGGAGGUGCUGUUGGUGAGCAGUAGUCGCCAUCCAGAUAGAUGGAUUGUCCCAGGGGGUGGCAUGGAGCCGGAGGAGGAGCCCAACAUGGCUGCUGUGCGGGAAGUCUGUGAAGAGGCUGGAGUGAAAGGGACGUUAGGAAGAUUAGUAGGAAUUUUUGAGAACCGGGACAGGAAACACAGAACCUAUGUUUACGUACUUAUUGUCACAGAAGUUUUGGAAGACUGGGAGGAUUCUGUCAAUAUUGGAAGGAAAAGGGAAUGGUUUAAAAUAGAAGAUGCCAUAAAAGUUCUUCAGUGUCACAAACCAGUACAGGCCUCCUAUUUUGAAACCUUGAGGCAAGGCUGCUUGGCAAACAAUGGCACCCCUGUCAUGACCACGACGUACUCUGAGAGCUCGAUGUCCGACAUCAGAUGACUGAAGAUGUCCCUAUGAGAGAGAGAUUUUGGAAAACAGACUGAAACAUGGAUUUCCACCCACCCUCCUCCCUCCCUCCCUCCCUCCCCCUUUCAUAUUGCCUCCUCUGUCAUACAAGGCUUGGGCAGCAGCCUGUGGCAAAGCAAAUGUUCAGAGUGUUGCUGUUUAGUGCAAGAUGGGGUUUUAUUUUUUUUUUUUUUGCUUUUUUGGAUAUGUAUUUUGUAAAAUACAUUUUGUGCAUGAAGUGCCCCUUUCCCAUUACACCGCUCCCAUGGCCCGGAGAGCGAGGCUGUCAGUCUCGCCUCUGCCUUGUGUUCUGAAGUGUUCCUGUGUGUGUCAUUCCCAGCCAUAGCCAUUUUUCUUUUUCUUUUCUUUUCUUUUUUUUUUUAAUUAAAGAAGACUACAAAUGUGAGAUCAGUUCUUUAAGUCUUAGAGUCUAUACUGUAAGGUGCUGUUUCAGACCUUGUAUGAUGGUCACUUUCAGCACAUAUGUGUAAACUUUUUUUUCUUCCUUUUUUUUUUUUUUUAGAUGGAGGAAUCUAACUUUUUAAUUUCGCAGGAUUUUUUUUUAAACCUGGGCUGCUUCUGAAAAGGAGGGUUUCAUAAUUAAUCUGUUUUGCCUUGUUUUGUUGUUGUUGUUUUUUUAAAAGAAAAAAACAAUACCUUUUGUGACAGUGCUAGUGGCUGGGCCAGUUUACUCCCCCAUAACCCCUUACUCCUACCUGCAAUUUUAGUGCAGUGACACCUUGAAGUUGAGGGCAGAGUUUUGAUCACCUGCAGACAUCCCUGCUGUUCGGUUUCUCCUACAGCUUCAGCCAACAUUUCUGCAUUGACAUGCGCGUGAAAUGCAAGGAAUUGGUCUUUUACCACCCAGCCAAAAGCAAGCAGCCUCAGAUAUGCUUCGAUAGAAACUGAAUUUUCAUCCUCUGUGGUAGGAAUCAGGGAUUCUGAGUGGGGUUACAGUCUAGCAAACUGGAGCAUCAAUCACCAAUGCUGGUCCUGCUGGGUUGGAAUUCUUUCCCAUCCUGCUGCAUUUUGCUGGUGUCUCUUCUUGUCCACAUGCCUUACACCGUGCUGAACUGGAUAUUGUAACUUGUGCUAAAGCAUCGGAUUGUACUUACUGAGUGUUAUUGUACAAACCCUUGGUGGAAUGGCUGUUGCGUCCCUGAAAAGAAGUCCUGGGGAAAAAAUUCAGGUGUUCAGUCUCUUGUCUGUGGCGUUGCAGCACUUAAUUGCACCAUGGAGCAUGCUCAGAAGGUUUAAACUUUCUCUGACAAAGGUACAACCGGCUCCCAGGCAGCAAUGCUAGUGUGGAGUAGUACACCCUUGAAUAGUGUAGCUCCCCUGAUGCAUUGGCACACAUCACACUUUUGCUUUAGUUUUGUUUUUCUUGAUGUAAAUUCCAUGCUGUCUUGAUUUGCCAACAGUGUUGUCUAGUUGGGAAAUAAAAAUGGAAAGGGUUGGGCCUGGGAGGGGGUGGGAUAGGGACAGGUUUGGGAGGGGCAUUAGUUAAUCCCUGGCUUGGGACAGGAGCUGGUUGCUGCCUUCAGUGACUUCUCCUUUGUCAGAGCAGAGCCAAGAUGUGAAAUUAAAUCUGCAGUACUCUUUUUUUUUCUUUUUUAUUUAACACAAUUUAUUCUAAUAAAUGCUCAAGACUGUUCAAGAGCUUUCUCUCUUCCCAAUAGGGAAUUAUAAUCUAACCAUUUGAUAGAAAUGUCCACGGAGCCUGGGAUAUAAUGGAAAGUGAUAGCUUUGCUACUUUGGCAAGCAGCUGUUUGAUUUGAAACCCCUUUCUGUUCCUUUGCUGGUUCUCCCUGUUUUCAUCAUGGGGAGAGCAAGGCCAAAAGCAGUGCCAGUGAUCAACAUGAAAAGCCACAUGCAAGAAAAAUGCUGAGGCAUUAGUCAAGUAGUAGCUUGAAACUGAGCAUCUGGAAUUGAGCCUAAAUUACACCAGUUCAGUUCCCUUCGACUUAGAAACGAGUGUACAAUCCCCUCUUGGUCUUUGUUGAGCAGCCUAAACCGAACUCUGAAAAAGGGCUUAAAAUACUAUAUCCAGAAAUGUACAAGAAAAUAAAAGGAUCGCUCUUAACCAAGCCGUCAGCGGCACCUAACACAGCCAUUUACUGCCUUCAAUUGAUUUUGUCUUUCACUGUAUAGAUGAAUAUGUUGAAAAUGCUUUGCAACAAAACAGCUGGUACUCCCGAAAGGGUAACUGCAGUUUUAAUAUCAAUAGCAUGCACAUUUUUUUUUUGUUUUUAAAUCUAAAAAAAUGUUUUUACAGGGCUGUUAAACUGACAAUUUAGGGUAGAAUAUUGUUAAUGACUUGCUAAUGGCUUAUUUGUUUGGGUCAGAAAAAUAAAUUGUGCCAAGAAAGUAUUUAAUGUGGCAUGACUUGAUGCUGUUAAUAUAGUUCCAUUGAGUGGCUGGUGUUAUGCCUUUUUAACUGGAAAUAGAAGAUUCAGCACCUCAGGUGGAAGUAGUUUUUAUUGAACAGCUGUGCACUUAAAUCGGGAGCAAGGCUUUUUAUGUGUAAAUUUCUCUUCCCCUGUUGGCACUGUAUAUUGAAUUCACAUCCUUCCCACUGUCUGAGGUUCUGUAAUGCCUGAAGUAGCCAGGUGGUAUAUCCAUUUAAGUAAUGUUAGCCAAAAUGACACCUAAUUGGUUUGGGAUUGAUGAUUAAGCUACCUUUUUAGAUGCAAACAUAUCAAAUUUUUAUAAUGGCUCCAUAACUCUGGCAGUGGUGGCUAGCACCAACUUGAUUAUGACAGACUUCCAGCAUCACAAAGACUGGUGCUGCUGAACUGGUAUUGGCAGUAGUGGACAUUUUUACCAAAAAAGUAUGUAUUGUCCAGGCUGGCCCUAAGUUUAAAGCUAUGAUGUCUCUUUCUCCCUCGGUAAAUCAAGGCUGGUGCUGGUUUAACCAUCUGUUACAGAUUUGCCCCUUUCUUCUGUGACCUUCAGUACCGUUCCUAUCUUGAUUUGAGCAUGGGUUUUAGCUAGUGUAGACUUAGGAGCCGUCCAUAAAAUAGAGUGGUGGGAAUUUCUUGAUUUGGUUUAAAAUUUUCUUAAGAUUGUAAGAAUCUGGAAAGUCCAUUGGUAGCUUCUACUUGCAUGAAGAUUCGGUAUGUUUGCCUUACUGUCCUAAAGCAGAAUUUUCAUUUGAAUAAGUAGCAGAUAUUCAUUGCGUGUAGAGUUUAGCUUGGAGUUGCCAGUGAUAGGGUUUUCCUCCAUCACCUUUUGAACCUGAUAUUCCAAUGUGAAUAAAGUCAGGUUUUCAACUGGACAUCAAGAGGUCACUAACCCGACCAUUCCUAGUGUUUUGUCAGCUGUACAUCUUAUUCUGUGCAUCUCUAAGGAGGGUUCUCUCACUGGGGCUAACGAGCUGAAAGGCUGACCGCAGAGGAGGAAGAGUAAUUGAGUAGUGAGAUGGCGGGAGAUGGUUUCUCCCACACGCCCUAUUGUAGUGCUCUGCUUGGAAGUGAAUAAUGAUAGAAAAGGAGCACGGAGAAAGAGGUCUUUUCUGCACUAGAAAAACUGCAUGUAUUUUCUGACUGUCAAACACUGAUCCAGAUCUACCAGUGCUGCCAAAGUUGGGAGUUCUGGUGUGGACGAGCUGCAGCCUGCCAACUGCAUUUAAGAUGCUGUGAGCCAGACUUUUUAAAGGUACGUAAGUGUCUAAAAAUGGGGGGUGAUGGUGGAAAAAUCCCACUAGUGCCUUUCUUUUAUCUUUAGGUACCUAAAUACCUUUAUAAUUCUGACCUGGCACUACUUCAGUUUUGCUUAGAGCAGAAAUGAAAUGCUAAAAGCACCAAUGGCGGCCAAAGUUCAGUCUACACCAUGGUUCCAAUUAUAACUCACCCUGGUAAAGCUGAAGCAAUUAGUAACAGUAAUAAAAGAGAUUUAAUAGGGAAUAGUAAUGCCGCUGCGCACGUGCCCGCCCCCCACCCACCCACCCAGGAGGAGUAAGUUAAGAUUUAAGCUCUUGGAAAUAGUUCUCAAAAAGACAGUUUUGGUACAGUGAACAGUGAUUUCAGUGGUAUUACUUUUGUUCUCUGAUCCCACAGUUUAGAAAGUCUCUGUACAUGCAACAGAAUAUAUAAAAUCCAUGGGGGUCUUGAACCAGUUAUUGUAAAUCUUUUGGUUUUAACUUUGAAUUAAUUGACAUGUGAGGCCUCUUUAGAAGGGCAUUUAAAAAGGCAGAACUCAGUAUUUGUAGUAAAUAAAACUGCAUCACCCUGCUAGAAGGAAACUUUUCCUCAGGAUUUAAUUUUAUAUACAGGGCAGUCUUUUCUUCUGCCUGUUCUUAAGUAGGUGUCUUAGUUUCUUCACCUCUUAGUCAUACGUUUAUUUUUAUCCUCACUAAUUUAGCAAUGCUACUUUAAAUCUGACCAACAUUUUUUCCUCCUCCUUCUCCCCCUCCCACUCCCCCCAAAAUUGUCCACCAGUACAUUUUCCUCAAAUUUACCAGUUAGAAUGCCCCUAUAAUAGGCCGUCUUAUUAACAAUUCUGGUUAUUUCAGAUCCACCAUAGCAUAGAUCUAGCAAGUGAUCCUUACAAAAAAACGAUUGCCUGCUUUUUGCUUUAAAUGAUAGAUAAAGUAAAUUACAUUGUUUCCUACAUCUGCAGUUCAGCCUAUUUUAAGUGUCCUGAAAAUGAACUACUGAAAUGUAUAGCAAAGUGUGGAGCUCUUACAUCAGUUGCAAAUGAUAAGAAAUACAAGUGUAUGGCAGUGGCUAUGAAGCUGAUGGUUUUCAUGGUAAAAACACUAAAUGUGUUACGAGAGAUGACUGUGAUUAGAAGCAUACAGCUGAGUUCUUACUACUUAAUUUGGUCUGAGUCAUCUGAACGUAGCUGGGACCAGGUCCUGCUGUUCUUCAGGGGAGGGAAGAACAGGUGGGUAAGCUGAUAGGCUAGGUUCCCCUUGGAGGCGUAUAACUACUCAGGUCUUUGGAGCAGCUUCUAUGUGCAGCAUUCCCCUCAUCAGCUUUUCAGCCAACCUUUUCGUUCUGAGUAUAACCUUUUCAGCAAGGCUGACUGCUCACUGGAUGUUGAAGGCCCCAUUCAUGUAGAGGUUUUGGAUGGACUGGGCAAGCUUCACGCAGUUCUGGAGAGCGGUCGCUCGGCUCUACGAGAGCCUGAGCUCUUGCUGGCUUGAGAAGCAAGCGUGUUUGGGGUCUUUUGCUUGACACUAUGGACCUGGAAGUGUCCGAGGUAAGAUCUUAUUAUUGAAUACAUAUAGAUUAUGUAUUCAAUAAUUGACUUGGAACUCCGACAUUAGAGCGCCUUAAGCCUGGGCACGCAAGAGUGCAGAUGGUGUCCUUAAGGCUGUUCUGUCUAGUGGUCAUGCUUUAGUUUGAUGUAGCCGUGAGGGUUUGCCUGCUUUAAACUAAAAGCAAUUCGGGCAUUCAGUGAAAAUCAGUUAUGGCCACUAGCCCUUCUCAAGAUUAAAAUGCUCAAAGGGUGGAAGAAUUUACCUGCUGGAUUAAAACAAGGAACUGUACUCAGAGCCUGCGGUGCAGAUAGUUUGACUGGUUUUCCUUUUCCACAUUUAAAUUUAUUCACGUGAUCUGCAUUUAGAUUCAAAGUGCCCGCUCUAGAUUACUGUAUGUGAGCAUGUUAGUGGUUAGCUGUGUGGAUAUAUGCUGAUUAUAAGGAAACUGGAAAUCUUAGUGCUGUCAGGCCCCAGCGGGUAGUAUAACAAGAAACAUCAAGAGGAGAAUGAAGGAAUUUUUCUGUUCCGGUAUACAGUACUGCCGAAAAUAGAGCUAGUGUCUUCUGACCUCCCCACAAAGCUGGAUUGUUCGGUUUGUAGAGCUGAGUUUACUACAGAUGUGGGAAAUGAAUAUUGUGAACAGCAGGUGGAGGCUCAGACUUUUUUGUAGUCUUGGCUCUUGGCAUCUAUGUACAAAGAAACUACUGCUUAAUACUGGAAGAGCUGUUUUAUCCAUGUUUCCAUUGCUAGAUGGCAUGUAUUGUAAUUUAAGCCAAAAAUUCCCUGUAGGAGAUCAGAAAACCCUGCUGCUUUCUUCUCUGUGGCAAGACUUUAGGAAACAUGGAUGUUUUGCAUUUGCAUCUCUUAAGUGUAUUGUCUGGCAAAACAUUUGCCUUGGUUAACGUCUACUUUGUAAAAUAAGACUGUGGUAAAUAAUUUAAAACGUAGAUUCAAAAUGCCUUAAUUGGUAUAAAUUAAUAAGACUCAGUGGGACUGAUACUGUGACAACUAAUAGGUGUGCAGAUUAUGGAGCAGGGAUUCCUACUGAAGAUGCCCUGUGCCAUGACGUUAUAAGCAUGGUGUGCAAAUGCCACUGUCUCGAAGCUGGGCUAUUAAUUUAGGAGGCGCAUAGCAUCACAAGAGCUUCACAACUGCAACAUUUCAAGGUGAAGCUGUAGAAGAUAUUUAUCUCUUGAAAUUAGGGAGGAUCCUGUAGUAGGUUUGAGGCAGUAUAGUCAUCUCCUGUAGCAGGAAGACCUAGUCUGGAUUUUCUGAAGGUCGGCUGACCUGUUUACACUUAAUACCACUAGAUAAAGCUGAAGUAUUAGGCUAAUAUUACUGGUGAAUUAUAUUAACCUAUAACGUAACUUAAUCUAAGAAGAGAGGCUAGACAUUUCAGAUCUAGUAGCGUGAUAUUUCUUGGCAAUUGCAUAAAAUUUUGGAUCUGAUGGUGGGAGCAGCUGAAAAAUACUAUCUCCAUCAUUGGACCAUCAUUUUUAAUUGCUCCCUAAACUUGUUAGAUGAAGACGUGAAGAAUAAAACAUUUGGGCGCUGGUUGUGGGAAAAGGCCCCAUAAAUUCCUCCCGGAAAACUUCGGCAACAUGCUAUUAUUUGUCUGAAGAGGGUCUGUUUUUUGAAUGUUCCUGUAUUUGAACUGUUAAUUUAUGGAUCUGUCGUUUUACUUGAGGGAAGCCCUCACUGAAGUCCAUGUAGUUGUGUUUGCAGCUGGAGGGUGGUACAUUUUAUAGGUGGAAGCUUGUGUUUGCAUCCGCUGCUCUUUUCUGUCUGUUUAAAAUGGGCACUCUGGGAUUUGGCUUCUUCUGUCUUUUAUGUGUUUUGUAACUGUAAUUUUCACGUGUGCUCUAAUGGCAGAUACUUGGGGGUGCCCUCCAGUACCUGAAACUAUUAAACUCGUACCAGUGCUGGAAUAGGACGACGUGUUACUCGGUUGGGGAUUGCACUUCAAAGACCCUUCGCUUCUAGAUCAGAAGGAGCUGGUGUAGACAUCUGCCCUGAGAUGCCCUGUAGAGAGAGUUGCAACCAGUCCUUGGGUAGAAGAAGUCUGACAAAGGGGGAGGUAGGACGUGGGACCCUGGGACAAUGAAGACCUUGGGACUGAGAGAAGAGAGGGAAAGCCUCUCUGAAUGUUGCUAAUACCUUUCACUAGCAUUUCUGGGUGAUUUAGAUGAUUCUGAUCUUGAAUCUUCUUUAAGCUGAUCAUCACCCCAAAGAGCAAAAGCAGUUGGCAUUCUCCUGUGUACCACAAAGGCACCUGUUCAGUCCUGGCUGCACGACUAGGGGCAGUGGUGGCUGGGUGGGGGGUGCAAUCCUUGGGCCAGAAAAUCUGGAGACUUUGCUUUUGUUCCCAAGUCUAGCACUGGCAUUUUACAAGAGCUGUUGUGCACAGAUUAAACGUUUUCCUCCCCGAAGUACAAGUGCAUUUCCUUUUUCUUGCUUUUUAUUAUUAAAAGGGCACUACCUUCCCCCAUCUCUUAGGCUAAUGUACCUCCUGAUUUCUUUAUUACUUCUCCCUUUUAAAAUGGCAGUACUAAAUGCAAUGUUCUUAUGUGGGUAAAGGAUCUGUUCUUGUCUGGAAAGAAAUGGGUGAUUUCUGAUUUUUUUUUUUUUUUUUAUAAGUGCUAUUUUGUGCGCGUGUGUUUGGGGGGGGGCGGGAGGGGGUCAGUACUGUGCUGUUUUUACCUUCCCUGAAUGGAAAUCCAUAGCUGGCAGUAAUUCAAAACAGUGCCAUGGUAGGCAGUGAAGGAAAGGCAGUUUGAUUUGGAUGCUGUCAGUUUUGUCCCAUCCACCCCAGAAAAAUGACCGAUUUGCUGACAACAGUUGAUAGCAAUUGGUGCUGGAAAAUGUCUCAUAUAAACACAACAUUUGUCACACGCAAUCUGGCUGCCUGCCCCGCAUCUCAGUCGAGCGUUCUGUAGCUAUACUGCAAAUCGCACUGGCAAGGAAAGGCUUGCAGCAUCAGUUCAGCAGGACCUGCAAGUCCAUUCCUUAAUGCAAAUAGGGCUUAAAGAAACUGUUCUCUUCCUGCGAGGUGGAUUUGGUUAGGGUCAUUUCUCCAUGCGUAGCAGCAAGCCUCCGUGAUUGCUGUCAACGGGACUUGGAAGUCCCGAACAAAAUGUUCCCAUCUGCAUGCAUGAGAAGAGAGGGAAAUACUCUUGUGCGGGGCUUCGGUGUGUGGAGUAGAGGAGGAAAUCUGUUGUCAUUUCAGGAACUCAAGAGCAAUUUUAGCACUUAAGUGAUGGGCAAGUUUAAAGCCUGAAUCUCUCGUGUUCAGUUUAUGUCAAAUAGAGCAGAGGAAGUUCCAGCAGAUUAGUACCUUUUCUGUGUCAUGCUAUCGCCAGCCCGGUCCUUUGUUCAAGGAUACCCGUUGUCUGUCAUCCUACAGAGACUUUCAAACUAACGCUGGGCAGGCAAGUGUGCUUGAACAAUACCUCUGCAUAAAACUACUGACUGGAGCUCUGAACCCCACCUGCGGUCGCUGAUCUUGGAAAGACCUUCCUUUCCUUUACAGCAUCACCUCCUGCAUAUGAAGGAUUGGGACCCUGGACAUGCUACUUCCUAGGGUCCUGCUCAUUUCAACCUCCUGCAGCUCCUUUAGCUGCCUGCAUCCCUACUCCCUCACCUCCUUACAAUUUGUCUUUGCGAGGAGUUUUCUAUUCUUCUGAUGGAAGGGAGCACAUAAAUUGUCACCUAAUCAAGGAAGGGGGAAUAGGCAGGCUGAAAGGAGAAUGCUUUAGCUGGAUUUAAGAUGCAUUUAAGUGUUUUUUUUUUAUUCCCGUGAAAAAGACCGCCCCCCCUCUUUGGCAUUAGCUAUUAGUCUCAUGUGAAAACAUAAUUUUUGGCAGUGUAGAAUGGUGCUAGUUAUUUUCUCUGAAAUAGAUCUGGGAUUUCCACCUGCAUUUUCUAAGCAUCCUGUAUCCAGCAGCAUAGUUUUGAUUCUGUAAAAGAACCCAAAUCUGCACUUUCCACCCUGCUUUCUCUCUUCUCACAGAAACGCUAUGCUGAGGAAAUCUACUGGCACACCCCAGCUUAACGAACCGAAUCCCAGAUCUGAUCAAAACUCUCAGACUGUCUAUAAAAAAGAAAUAGCUGGUGUCCUUUGCAGUAAAACAGCACAAGUUUGGCUUCAGUGAGCCCUGAUGAGGCAUAAUUGUCUUGGACUUUGUUGUCAUUCCUUAUCUAACCAAGACACCUCCAAGACCAAAACGUUUGGGGAAUUCUGACUAUGACAGCUGUUGGGUUUUAUUCACUUGUGUCUGUACGUGGCUCUACCUGAGAUGGAGCAUUUGAAUUUAUCCGAACGACCAAGGACGUGACUUUGUGAGAUCGGUCCAGGUCCCACCCAUCGCUUACCCCUUCUGGUUACUUCUGCAGCUGGCAGAAUCAGCUGAAACUGCCAAACCAAGCUGUCCUUCUGGGAGAUGUUUUUUGAACAUCCCAGAUGCAUUGAGUCACUUAAAAUGUACAGAACUGGGACGCUGGCAUAUAAAUGCUAUAUCUGUGUGUGGUUGGUAAUGCCCUGUGUAUUGUAAGCUCCACUUAUUCCCGCUAAUGCUGAGAAUGGAUGUUUUGAUCGGAAAAAUCAAUGUUGACUCUCAUGCUACUGCUGUCUGCUAAUUCAGUUUUCAAAUGGAAACAUCAGAUGAGUUUUUGUUAUGCCAGUUUUCCCUCCCCCCCCAAGCAAGCCAGGUUGUCAGAAUUAAAAUAAGACGGGGAUUUUAGGAGUUUGAUAUUCAGCUCUCGAUUUUUUUUUUUUUUUUUUUUAAAUAAAAUUUGGACAUUGAAUGCCUUUUAAGAUUCCUUUUCUGGUUACAGCAUGUACUCUUAACCCACCACUUGGUGUCACGCUCCUUUUAAUAAAAUGGACCUUUUUGGUAAUAUUACAAGUUGGAAUAAUUAUUUAAGGAAUAUGAAAAUGGCAAAGAAGUUUCUGAAAGCGUUGGAGCGAAGUAGCUAUGACAGUCCCGGAAAUAUGUUAGAGGCAAGAGUUUUUGUGUGUGAUACCUUUUAUUGGACGAACUGCUUGAUUGGGGAAGAUUUAGACGCACUUGAGUAUCACUAUACCUUUCAUCAGGUUUCUGGGGGAGAGGCAGGCACAGCAGAGCUAAAUAGUAGAUGGAACAAAGGCUAAACGUGUUUUAAAAAAAAAAAAAAAAAACGUCCUCCCCCCGCCCAAAAAAGCAACCCCCCCCCCCAAACAAAAAACAACCCAAAUAAAACAUAGGAUUUAAAAAACUAUCAGGUAGCCAACAGAUGAGAGAUGCAGUAACAAACUAGGGAGUAGACUUAUCCUGUCUUUAUUUCCAUGUGGAGCUUUCCACAAUCCUUUGGUCCAUCUGCUGUUCAGCCCUGCUGUACCUGCUGCUCUCCCAGAGGCCCAAGGAAGGUACCUUCAUACUGAAAAGCUUGUCUAAAUCUAUCCUAACCAUGUGGCUGGUCUUAAAAGAGCUUUUUGUGGGUGAUAUCUUUUGCCAAAAAUGUUUCUGAAAUUUGAUUUUUCCCCCAAGUGUCACCAUUUUACCGACUUGGACUUGUCCUUGGUUUUGCAACUUUUUUUUUGUAAAAUCUACUCAAAACACUUUUUUUUUUUUCUUUCAAGGGUCAGACCUUUAGGACAAGCCUAGGGAUAACAGAGAUGCGUAUUCUCUUCUGCCCCUGUUAAGUCUAGGCUGGCCGGUUCAUUGGGUAUCUGGAUACGUUUGAGAUGUAUUCUUUUGAUAUGUUCAGAAACUAAUAACUCUUUUUGAUCUAGAUUCAGCUAUGAUAUCAUCACUAAACUCCCAAUCCCACUUUUUAAAUAAAUCUUUGUCUAUUUUGAGCCCCGUCACCAACUGAUGUAAUUCAGCAUAGCUUCCUCAGAAGUGCGGGGAGCUUUGCUGAACUAUACCAGCUGCCAGCUGGGCCCAUUACAUCAGAGUGCAGUUCCUUUCUUUUUUUCUUUCUUUUUUUGCUUUUAAAAAGUUUCCUCUCGGAGUUGUGUAAGAGGGGGAGGGCUUCGCUGUCUUUCUAAAAUUGGUGAAUGCAAGUUUGACAAGAGUGUAGGUUGUAAUCUAGUGCCAACCAAUAAACACACCAGUAUUUCACACGCA